ACACCAGCGCCUCUUGCGACAGAGAGCUGGUUUCAUGAAAAUGGCAGUCGGUUCCAUGUGAUGGACAAUGGAUAUAGACGGGCCUUCGAAUUUAAAGCGCUCCAGCAGUGCACCCAUGAUCAACGAACCUGCUCCUCCACCCCCAAACCGCGAACUGGUUAUAAGGACAAGGCGUUUCUCCGCCAGCUGCAGCGGCGGCGGCGAGGCUGAGGCUGGCCGUCCCAGUGCUGACCGUGUCCUGCAGUUGCGGCGGGAGGAGCGGCUGGAGCAUGGCCGCGAGCAGGAGCACGAGCGCGAGAUGAUGCAGAUGUCGCAGAGCUGCGAGGACCUGGCUCUGCUGGGCGCCCUGUCGGCCCCGGCCGCGCCCCCAGUCGCCACGCCGCCGCGGCCGAGCUUCCUGCGAACCCAACGGCCCCUCUCACCCUCGCCCACCAGGAAGACCUUCCUCAGCAGGCGCUCCUUGUCCCCAAUUGCGUUCAGGCCGAGCCCGCUCACACCAGUCAAGCGCAAGUUUGAGCUUGAUUCCGACUCGGACUCGUGCUCAUCGUUUUCUCCCCCUGCAAAGCGGCCAUUUGGUGGCGAGUCGAUGUUGAGUCCUGGUAGCGGCAAGUUCCUGUUUAGACCUGUAAGUUCUGUAACCCCGAGAGACGAACCUAUGGAGGAGGGAGGCCCAAAACUAAGUCCUCUCGUCCAGCAGCCAUCUUCUAAGAGUCUCCCGGAACCAAAGGACACUAUUAUGUUAUCUCUUGAACCAAGCUAGUGCGCUUUUGCAGUGUUACCGACUUGCGAGUGUUUGAGUGACAGUUUCUGACUGAUUCGAGGCUGCGCCUUGACCGUGAUUUAAUUGUUUAUAUUAUUCAGGGACACAUUGCCCUAAGUUUAGUUUUAAGUCGCAAAUCGUAUGGCUUUGUUGAUUCUAUAAUUUUGUACACUAAACGUACAAAAGAAAUUCACAAUUGAGCAGUUUGGAAUGUUUUUUUUUAAUUAUUUAAGAUUCAUAAUAUAAAGAGUUUGCGGAGACCCUGAUGCAUAAAUUAGUCAGCGCCUGUUGCUCGUAGAGUAAUUUCCUCGAUCUGAAAUACAACGGAAAAAACAACCUUAAGUGAUUGCGUGUAACCCACAAUUUUGUCUUACGUUGACAUGAGAUGGUGCUGAGAGAGUGUACUCGACGGCCAGUGCCACAUUGUCAGGGUCCAAACUUUUGUUCUGCUCGAACACGGAAUCUGCUACCUGCUGCGGUGUUCCGCCAGCAACCAUAAUGUCUGUCUUAGUAAGCGCCGGACUAACACUCUAAUAGAAAGCGAACCGAUGAAAUUUUCCAUUGUGACUAUUAAACGAGAUACCGUAA